CUUUGACGUCUUUUUCUUUGCUUGUGGUGACAAGAAAUAGAAUCUCCAUGGCGUCCAGACCGGAAAUGCGAGAGGACGAUGAGUCCGGCUUCUGCAAGUUCUUUCGCAAUUUACCGCACAAGAACGAAGACACUGUCCGGAUCUUCGACCGAGGCGACUAUUACAGUGCCCAUGGCGAAGAUGCAAAGUUCAUUGCGAACAGUGUCUACCGGACGACAGCUGUCCUGCGUAAGCUGGGACGGGAGCCCGGUCUCGACUCAGUCACCAUGACCACGAUGGUCUUCCGCAACUUCCUCCGAGACGCACUUUUCCGACUGGGCAAGCGCAUUGAAAUAUGGCAGUCGACUGGGAAGCGAAUGGACUGGAAGGUGGUGAAGCAGGCCUCGCCGGGAAACCUGCAGGACCUCGAGGAUGAACUUGGAGGACACAUGGAGAACUCGCCAAUCAUCUUGGCCGUCAAGGUUUCUGCGAGAGCUUCGGAAGCUCGCAAUAUUGGUGUUUGCUUUGCUGAUGCCAGUGUACGCGAGCUCGGAGUGACUGAAUUCCUCGACAACGACCUUUACUCGAACUUCGAAUCACUCCUGAUCCAGCUCGGCGUGAAGGAAUGCUUGAUCCAAGCAGACGGUAACAAGAAGGAUGUUGAGCUCAACAAGCUGCGGACGAUUGCCGACAAUUGUGGAUGCGCUGUGGCAGAGCGAGGUGUUGCCGACUUCGGUACAAAGGACAUCGAGCAGGACCUACCUCGAUUACUAAAGGACGAAGGUGCGGCAGGUACACUACCACAGACCGAUCUCAAACUGGCGAUGGGCGCAGCAGCUUGUCUGAUCAAGUACCUUGGCGUCAUGUCUGACUCGUCCAACUUCGGCCAGUACCAGCUAUAUCAACACGACCUCACACAGUAUAUGAAGCUCGAUGCAGCAGCUCUGAAGGCACUGAACCUGAUGCCGGGGCCGAGGGACGGAGCAAAAAACAUGAGCUUGUACGGCUUGCUCAAUCGCUGCAAAACACCCACCGGUAGCCGACUGCUCUCUCAAUGGCUGAAGCAGCCUCUCAUGAACCUGGCUGAGAUCGAAAGGCGGCAGCAGCUCGUAGAAGCGUUUGUCAAUGACACCGAGCUGCGGCAGACCAUGCAGGAAGAGCAUCUGCGAUCGAUACCCGACCUGUACCGUCUUGCAAAGAAGUUCCAACGGAAGGCCGCAAACUUAGAAGACGUGGUUCGUGCGUACCAAGUCAUCAUUCGGCUGCCUGGUUUUCUCGAGUCGUUUGAUGCGGUCAUGGACGAGCAGUACAAGGACCCUCUCGAUGCCGAGUACACAUCAAAGUUGCGGCAAUACUCAGCCGCAUUCGUGGGUCUGCAGGAUAUGGUUGAGACGACAGUCGAUCUUGAUGCACUCGACAAUCACGAGUUCAUCAUCAAGCCUGAGUUCGACGAAGCUUUGCGAACGAUCCGUAAGCGCCUCGAUAGACUCAAGCGCGAGAUGGAGUCGGAGCACAUGAAGGCUGGUGAUGACCUCAACCAAGAUACGGAGAAGAAGCUGUUCCUCGAAAACCACAAAGUCCAUGGGUGGUGCUUCAGACUAACAAGAAACGAAGCGGGUUGCAUCCGACAGAAGAAGCAGUACCAGGAGAUCUCGACGCAGAAGAACGGCGUCUACUUCACAACACCAUCGUUGCUGGAAAAGCGUCGAGAUUUUGAUCAGCUAUCCGAGAAUUACAACCGAACACAGUCUGGACUUGUUAACGAGGUCGUCGCAGUCGCAUCCUCGUACGUCCCUGUUGUUGAAAAGUUGGCAGCCGUACUCGCACACCUCGAUGUCAUCGUCGCUUUCGCACAUGUAUCGGUACACGCACCCACAUCAUACACACGGCCAACCAUGCACCCUCGCGGUACAGGCAACACCAUACUCAAGGAAGCCCGACACCCUUGCCUGGAGAUGCAGGACGAUAUCUCCUUCAUCACCAAUGAUGUCAGUCUAGUGCGUAACAAAAGCGAGUUCCUGAUCAUUACAGGCCCCAACAUGGGGGGCAAAUCGACCUAUAUCCGACAAAUUGGAGUCAUUGCCCUCAUGGCACAGAUCGGAUGCUUCGUCCCAGCUUCGGAAGCAGAGCUCACUAUCUUUGAUUGCAUACUGGCCAGGGUGGGUGCAAGUGACAGCCAGAUCAAGGGCGUGUCAACCUUUAUGGCAGAGAUGCUAGAGACCGCAAACAUUUUGAAGUCUGCCACGAAAGAGUCAUUGAUCAUUAUCGACGAGCUUGGUCGCGGUACAAGCACAUACGACGGCUUCGGUCUCGCAUGGGCUAUCUCUGAGUACAUCGUCAAGGAGAUCGGCGCCUUCGCACUCUUCGCGACGCACUUCCACGAGCUUACUGCCCUCGCUGACACGUAUUCGCAAGUCGAGAAUCUUCACGUUGUCGCACACAUUUCAGAAGGCGCUACCGAGACAGAGAGCGGAGUGCAGAAGAAGCGCGAAGUCACUUUGCUGUACAAAGUCGAGCCAGGCUUCUCAGAUCAGUCGUUCGGCAUCCACGUCGCCGAGCUGGUCCGCUUCCCAAAGAAGGUCAUUAACAUGGCUAAGCGAAAGGCAGACGAGCUUGAAGACUUUGCUGGAAAGCACGAGGAAGGCUUCGUGCAAGCAAGCAGAGAGGAGGUUGAAGAGGGCAGCAAGAUGCUCAAGGAGAUGCUAGCCAAAUGGAAAGAGGAAGUUGAGAGCCAGGGCUUGACAAAGAAGCAGCAAAUCGAGCGCAUGCGCGAGCUGGUCAAAGAGAACCAGGCGCUGCAGGCAAACGGGUUCUUCAAGGGCAUCCAAGCAAUUGUGUUCAGCAUGGCGUUUGGGGUGUACGGUCAGAGAACUCAGUGCGCUCACCUCUGGGGCGAUGCAAGGGCAAUCCGCAACAAGCUCAAGGUGCAGCUCAAGCUGUCGAUCUCGCGGUUACGCAUGGUGCAGCAGAAGGACACAGCGAAAGCGAAACAGCAAAGACGCGAAAUGGCGCAGCUUCUCGAGGUCACUCAGAUUGGCAAGCUCCAAUCCGCACGGAUACGCGUCGAAAACAUCAUCCGCAGCGACAUAACCACCGAACUGCACGAGAUGCUCGAACUCUACUGCGAACUCCUCCUCGCGCGCUCCCAACUCCUCGACCAGCCCACUCCCUCACACUCUUCCACGCCCAUUCCGCUCGACCCUGCGCUCGAAGAAGCAGUACGAAGCAUAAUAUACGCCGCGCCGCGCACAGAGAUUAAAGAACUGCACCAAGUACGGGCAUAUCUCGUCGAGAAGUUCGGGAAAGAGGUAGCGGUCGCGGCGAUGGAGGGCGAAGGCGUAGCAGAGCGCGUUGCAAAGAAGCUGGAGGCCAAGACGCCCAGCGAGGAGCUGGUGGAUGCAUACUUGGGCGAGAUCGCACGAUUCUACGGUGUCCCAUUCGGCGCACCAAAGACAUCGUCAGACGACGACGAUGACGAGCCGAGCGGUGGUGUAGCUGAAGAAGCAGACACAGAGGUUCCAUUAGCAGCUGACGGGAAGAAGGACGACGAGAGGGAAGCACUAGUAAAGGCGACGCCACCGAGGACGGUAGGGCCGCAGAGUCCGCUGAGGGUCGUGCCGCCAAGCCCAAGUACGGAUAAUGUUGCGCCGAAGCUGAAGCUGCCUGGUGCGGCGGCGGCGAAGGUGCAGAAGGCGGCGGAAAAGAAGACACCGGUGAAGAAGGACAAUGGGCCUGGAGGGAAGAUACCAGAUGUGGACGAGCUGUCGAGGCGGUUCGCUGAGCUGAAGCGGUGA